AUGGACAGACUGACACAGCUGCAGGAUGCAAUCGACAAGAUGGCGUUGCUCUUUGUCUCCUCCCUCGACCAUCUCACCAAGAUUGCUCCCCUCGUACCUCUUGACCCCAACGUCCCCGUCGUCAGCACAGACUCUGCACAAGAACUGGCACUCGAUAUCAGUCGCCAGGCAAAAGAACUCGAAGCCCUAAUCGACAACCUGCCCGGGAUCUCUCAAACCCCCGAAGCUCAAAUCCAUGACCUCGAGAACCUUGCCCAACAGAACGCCGACGCCACAGUAGAAUACGAAAUGGCCGUCCAGGAGGCCAAGGAGCUCCUGCAGGACGUCACUUUUGCACUUCGACGCAUUGCCGAAGACCAAAGCAUCCGUUCCUAA